AUGAUAAAAACCGACACGCAAUCUGAUGACGUGAGGACGUUAUCUCCCAAUUCAAAUUCAAAUAUAGAUACAAAUUUAAAAUCAAAGCCAUGCAUUCUGGAAGAUGAAUUAAAAGUACUUGAAGGUGCAGGAAGAACACCAAGAAGAGUUAAAGUAUACCUACUAAAUGGUGAUGACUGGAUAGAUAACGGAACAGGAUUUUGUAUUGGAGAAAUCGAUAGGGAAACCAGAUCACCAUAUUUUUUGGUUCGCAAUGAACAAGAUUCAGAUAAUAUAAUAUUAAAAUCAUUUCUUGAAGGAUCCAUACAGUAUCAAAGACAACAGGAAACUCUAAUUGUAUGGACAGAUUCUAAUGGUUCAGAUUUGGCAUUGUCGUUCCAGGAGACCGAGGGAUGUGCAGAUUUGUGUGAUUUUAUAAUACGUGUUCAGCAAGGGAAUUUCAGUCCUGGAAUAUCCCUAUAUUAUGUGAUACCUAAUUCUAACGAAGGUGACGACAUCACUGAGCUAAUAACGGGUCCAAUACGAUAUCCUCCAGAAGAACCGAAUGCAUCGAAUAUAUGUGAAGUUUUAGAAACCGUGAAUCAAGGAGCUAAUGCACAGUAUACCAGGACUAAUAUUCUGGAUUUCAUUGUUGAGAAGGAAUAUUUUAUGAAAUUGGUGAAAGUAUUUACCGAAGCAGAAGAAAAUAAAGAUAUUGAGACAUUAUAUGCUGUAAGUGAUGUGAUCAAAUCGUUAUUCCUAUAUAAUGAAUCAUCUAUCUUGGAGAAUAUGUUGUCUUCAGAAGAGAAAAUCAUGGGCUUAGUUGGUAUAUUGGAGUAUGAUUCGGAAUACCCAGAUUUCAAAGCAUCUCACAGGGAAUAUCUUACGAAGCAGGCAUUUACGACUGUGAUACCUGUAGGAAACAUUGGAAUAUUUAAACGAGACUUUUAUUUGAAUUAUCUAAAAGAUGUUGUAUUAGCAAGAUUCCUUGAUGAGCCAACAUUCGGUUUAUUGGCGUCGUUGAUAUAUGCAAACCAGAUGGAAAUUUUCGAGUUCAUUAAGGAUGCUUGUAUCCUAGAGCAAUUAUUUAAAAUCUAUGAUGACGAGAAUAAUCAAACUAAUGGGCUGCAUAAUGAAGAGGGCAUAAUAUCCCAGAAAAGGGAUGGAGUGAAGAUGGUACAUCAGUAUGUUCUCAUUGCCCGAACUCUACAGAACCUGGAUUUUUUUUCAUUAUUGGUUAAAUCAGGGUUGUUGAAAAUGAUUAACUUUGCAUUGAGAGAUAUUGAAGAUCAAAUAAGGGUUUUGGGAACAGAAUUAAUUGUCAUAAUUAUUGAACAAGAUGUGUCUUUGGUGAACGCUAUUGACCAUGACGAAGCCACUAUAGAUAAUUCGGAUCCUCCAAUUCUUGAGGAAUUGACACACGCACAUCCAAAUGAAAAGAAGAGUGACGAAUCGGUGGAGGAUCGAAAUAUAUCGUCGAAAAAUACUGGCUUGAAAUUGUCAGAUGAUAUGACGCUAAUAUCCAUACUCAGUAAAUUAUUGGUUGAAGAAAAAAACGUUGGGUUGAAACAUCAAGCAUUUGAAGCGUUGAAGACAUUGCUAGAUCCAAAUAUUGCCAGCAGUGGGAAUAGUGGUAUCAGCCCCACGAUUGGUGGUGGAGUAUUUCCUGGAUCAAAUGGAAAUGAUGAGUAUAAAUUUGCUCCAGAUGAAUUCAAAGAGAUCAAUACACAGAAUUACUUCAAUGCAUUUUAUACAGAAGUUGCUGUGAAAUUGUUCAAGAAACUAAUUGAUUUGGGUAAUUCCAGUGAUGUGAUGGUUGAUGUUCGAAAAGAUGAGUUGUUAUACCAAUUGCUCUGUGAAUUAGUAUCAUUUUGCACUAGGGAACAUAAAUCUCCGGUAUCUAGAACUUUUUUUUUGGAAAACCAUAUUAUACUGGGUAUUGCAAAGUUAUUAUCUAGCAAGUGCAAAAUAGUAUUGAAAUUAGCAAGCAUCAGAUGUUUGAAAAAUUUGAUUUUGUUGAAUGAUGAGUUCUACACGAGGUAUACCAUCACUCAGGAUGUGUGGGUGUUUUUCUUCAAGUUUUUUGAAACUGUUGUUGAUGAAAAUAAUUUGGCCAAUUCAACAUGUUUGGAUUUUCUUGAAAUGAUCAACAGAAAUUGUGAUAAGAAUAUUAAUCCCAACAAACGAACCAAUUAUAUUUUGUUGGCAAAAUACAUUUGCAACAAUUAUGAUGAUUUUGUUAGGAAUAAAUUAAAUUAUGUGACUACUGGUAGGAAAUUGGUUGAUUUGGUGGAGAAUGAAACCCGAGGCCUAAGUUCCAAUGGAGUUCACAGUGGAGGAAUUAUUGAUGAUGAUGAUGAUGAUGUGGAUGAAAUAGUUGAGAUUAAAACAGAUGAUUUGGGUCUAUCCGAGGAUGAAAUGGUACCGAAUAAUGCCUCUACUCCAAUCAAUGAUGAACUAGAAGAGGAAGAAGAUCAAGAUUUAAUGGUGAAUGGAUGUACAAUGCGUGGAGAUGAUGACGAUUCCUCGGGUAAGAAGAGACCUAGAGAAGAAAACUCCGAAACUGAAACAAGCAAACGUAUGGAAGUUAAUGACAAGACCACAGCGAACAAUGACAAUUUCGGUAAAGUUGCAUUGACAGCCAUUACCAGUGAUCAACUGUAG